UCUCUCUCUCUCUCUCUCUCAUAUCAGAAGUCGGUUUUUCUCCGCCAAGACAUCUCAAGCCUUCUUUCCAAAUUAGUAGGCGAAAGAGAAAGAAAAAAGAGUAAUACCCACGAAGCUUUCAAGAACUCUCUUCAGGUGAUGGGUUGAAGAGAGAUAAAGAGAGAGAGAGUUCCAAAGGGAGCACAUGGAGUGGGAUAGCAAUUCUGAUCUUAGUGGAGACGACGAAGGGUUCCUAUUGAGCGAUGGUGGGCCCUUCCCGUUCCCCAUCGACACUUUACUACAACCGGCGCCGUGUGGGUUCGUCGUCACCGACGCUAUGGAGCCCGACCACCCAAUUAUUUACGUCAAUUCGGUGUUCGAGAUGGUCACUGGCUAUAGGGCCGAAGAGGUCCUCGGGCGUAACUGGUUAGAAUAA